GUCUGUCACUCAUCCUCAUCCUCAUCCUCAUCCUCAUCCUCACCGUCACUAGACACGAACCAGCAGAUCAAAGGGCGCAGGCAGCUUUCCUUUUUAACCUUUUGUCUUUUGAUCUUUAGCUCAAGUCACAUGCACUACUGCUGACUUUCUGCCUGGGAACUUGACUCAACGGCCUGGUUCCUUUGCGCUCUUCAGCUUCUGCCUCUGUCAUCAUCAUUCUCACGUCAAAGCUUCUUAGACUUUGUUUCUCCUUUUCCAACUACCGAUAUCGAUCGAUUGCUACAAAGAAAACAGACCAGACUUUUAGCUUCGGCUUUCCAGAAUCCUAGUCUAGAGCAACGGCAAAAGCCGCCAAAAGCAAGCAACAAGCAACCAUGAAUUACCUCUACUCCACGGUCAACACACUGCGUGACCGCUACACGCCGGUGACGCACACGUCGACCUUUCGCAAUACAGGCCAAAUUACCCCCGAAGAGUUCGUCGCCGCGGGAGACUACCUCGUCUACAGGUUCCCGACCUGGUCCUGGAGCGAUGCCGACUCCGAGGCCCUGCGCGUCAGCUACCUGCCUCCCGGAAAGCAGUUCCUCGUUACCCGAAACGUGCCGUGCCACCGCCGGCUGAAUGACGACUUUGCCGGCGACGCUGGACAUGAAGAAUCCGUUGUGAAUGACGGCGACGACUUCAAGAGCAAGGGUGAUUCUGGCGUCGACGACGAUGGCUGGCUUCGGACGGGAGGGUUGGCGAGCUCGCAGCCGCUCAAGGCGCGUGAGGUCAAGACGGUAGACGACGCGGGCAACGUUGGUGACGACGAUCUGUAUGGGCUAGACGAUGAUAUUCCGGAUAUGGAAGACGAGGAGGAAGACGAUGCUGUUCUUCGUAUCGAGCCUGGCAAUACCGCUCGCCGCACUUACAACCUCUACAUCAUGUACACACCGUAUUACCGAACGCCGCGCCUCUACCUCUCUGGCUACCAGGCCAGUGGCCACCCUCUGCCGCCCAUGAAGAUGAUGGAAGACAUUGUCGGCGACUACAAGGACAAGACGGUGACACUUGAGGAGUUCCCCUUCUUCGCCAACCACGUCAGAAUGGCCAGCGUGCACCCUUGCAAGCACGCUCCCGUGAUGAAGUCGCUGCUGGACCGUGCCGACGCCGCGCUUCGUCUCCGCCGAGAGAAGCUGCGUGCGAGCAAGAAGCAGUCUGGGGAUGGAAAGGACGUGGAGGGCCUGACGAGCGAGCUGGAUAACUUGGACGUCAAGGGCGCUCAAGAUUCUGCCGACAAAGAUGAGUGGGAAGAGGUGCAGGAGAAUGAGGUGGACGACCAGGAGGUGGCUAUUCGAGUAGAUCAGUACCUGGUCGUCUUCUUAAAGUUCAUGGCCAGCGUCACGCCUGGAAUCGAGCACGAUUUCACCAUGGGUGUCUGAGUAUGAAGAGGGACGAGACUCUGCAUAAAAUCAAGCAAACAAUUUCGAUCCCUGCUUCAUCUUAAGCUUUGUAUUCUACACGCUCAUCAUUCUUAUAAUUUAAAACUUCAAGCCGCUUCUUUCAUUUUCUAUGCGUGAGUCUUGCGACAGGCGUUUAUGGGGGGGAUACUGCUUUACCUCUACCCGGAUGAGUGGUGGCAUGUAUUUAUUCUCAGUUCUAUCUGAUAUUUCCCUUUUCAUGCUUUCAUGCUGGUGUCGUUUUUUGUUGGGAGUAGCAAGGCAGAUAUAGAAAUGCACAACAUACUUUUCAACAUGUCUGAGCCGC